UUUUCUCCACUUGGCGAUUAUUCAUGAGGAAAAAGCCCUGAGCCUGGAGGUGAUCCGGCAGACGACCGGGGACCAUGCUUUCCUGAACUUCCAGAACAACCUCAGCCAGACUCCUCUUCACCUGGCAGUAAUCACUGAUCAACCCGAAAUUGCCGAGCAUCUUCUGAAGGCUGGAUGCAACCUGGAAAUCCGGGACUUCCGAGGAAACACCCCCCUGCACAUUGCCUGCCAGCAAGGCUCCCUCAGGAGCGUCAGCGUCCUCACGCAGUACUGCCAGCCCCAACACCUCCUCGCUGUUCUGCAGGCCACCAACUACAAUGGACAUACAUGUCUCCAUUUGGCAUCUAUUCAAGGAUACCUGGCUAUUGUUGAAUACUUGCUGUCCUUGGGAGCAGAUGUGAAUGCUCAGGAGCCCUGCAAUGGCAGAACGGCACUACAUUUGGCUGUCGACCUGCAGAAUUCAGACCUGGUGUCGCUUCUGGUGCAACAUGGGGCGGAUGUGAACAAAGUGACCUACCAGGGCUAUUCCCCCUAUCAGCUCACGUGGGGAAGAGACAACUCCAGCAUACAGGAACAGCUGAAGCAGCUGACCACAGCUGACCUGCAGAUGUUGCCAGAAAGCGAAGACGAGGAGAGCAGUGAAUCUGAGUCUGAAUUCACAGAGGAUGAACUUAUAUAUGAUGACUGCCUUAUUGGAGGACGACAGCUGUCAUUUUAAAGCCAAGCUUUCUGUGAAAAGAAGUGACUGUGUACAUAUGUAUAGAAAAAGGACUGACUUUCUUCAUUUAAAAAGAAAGUCGCAAUGCAGAGGGAAAAACCAGGAGGGAAAUACUACACUGCCCAGCAAGGAGCAUGUAACUGGAUGGUUCUAGGUUCUGGCCUGUGUUUAAAUACAAGAGUGGGAUGUGUAACUUCAGUAGAGAUCUGUGAUUAUUUACACCACCAGAUACAGAGCCACGUAGCAAAUCUUCUCAACCCUACGAAGGUGACAGACUGCACAUCCAGCCUGCUAGUUGCAGAGAGCUAUCUUGUGGCCUUAGGUACCAAGGGGAACACGUGUUCUCUCGUGGCGAGGCAGGCUCAUACCAACACCCCAUCUUGGAGACAGUUUUAAUUUGUGUUGGACUGGUGGCAGUGCCUGGCCUUACCAACUGACCUUGGCUGCUCUCGGUGGGGCUUCCUGGGCAGAGGGGUCACACCAAGGGACUGACUGGUGACCUCCUGGCUGUUAGGAGAAAGUAGCAAUAAUGUUAACUGUGGGCAUUGGAAACUGAGUUUCACACCAUGUGUGUCAUAAUUGCUACACUUUUCAGCAACUG